AUGUCGUCUCGUAUCGUACUCGUCACCGGCGCCAACACUGGCCUUGGCUUCGAGAUUGUGAAGGCGCUAUCUCAAUCCAAUGCCACAUACACCAUCCUAGUCGGAGGUCGUGACCUCGACAAAGCGCAGACAGCUCUCAGUGAAGCCGAGUUGGUGAAGGCCUCAUCCUCGACACGGUUGGAGGCGGUUCAAAUCGAUAUCGAGGACGAUGCUUCCAUAUCGAGCCUGUGCAGUCACGUCGAGAAGCAGUAUGGACGGCUUGAUGUCUUGAUCAACAACGCAGGCGCCCAGUUCGACCAACAAGUAGCCACGGGCGAAAUCGGAAUGCGCGACAUGUGGAAUCGGACUUGGUCCGUCAACACCACAAGUACAUGGAUGAUCACUCACGCCUUGAUGCCGCUUCUCCUCAAGUCUGCGGACCCACGCCUCAUCUUCAUGACUAGCGCUACUGCCACACUCACUGACCAUGGCAACCAAUCCUUGAAAGUCAAUCAAUCGCCAGAGGCAGGCUGGCCAAAGUUGGAGGCCUUCAUACCAGCGUAUCGAUCGGCAAAGACAGGAUUAAACAUGAUGAUGCGAGAGUGGGCGAGGAUCUUGGGCAACGAUAAUGUGAAGAUAUGGAGUGUGAGUCCAGGAUGGCUCGCGACAGGUCUAGGGUAUGGGGCGGAGAAGCUCAAAGCCAUGGGCGCGCAGGACCCUGCGAUCGGAGGUGCUUUUGUGAAGGAUGUGAUAGAAGGAAAAAGAGAUGGAGAUGUAGGCAAGGCAAUAAACAAUGAUGGAAUCCAAUCAUGGUGA